AUGUCAUCCAGUAGUCAAAGGCUCUAUGAGUUGACUAUGUCAUCCAGUAGUCAAAGGCUCUAUGAGUUGACUAUGUCAUCCAGUAGUCAAAGGCUCUAUGAGUUGACUAUGUCAUCCAGUAGUCAAAGGCUCUAUGAGUUGACUAUGUCAUCCAGUAGUCAAAGGCUCUAUGAGUUGACUAUGUCAUCCAGUAGUCAAAGGCUCUAUGAGUUGACUAUAUCAUCCAGUAGUCAAAGGCUCUAUGAGUUGACUAUGUCAUCCAGUAGUCAAAGGCUCUAUGAGUUGACUAUGUCAUCCAGUAGUCAAAGGCUCUAUGAGUUGACUAUGUCAUACAGUAUUCAAAGGCUCUAUGAGUUGACUAUAUCAUCCAGUAGUCAAAGGCUCUAUGAGUUGACUAUGUCAUCCAGUAGUCAAAGGCUCUAUGAGUUGACUAUGUCAUCCAGUAGUCAAAGGCUCUAUAAGUUGACUAUGUCAUCCAGUAGUCAAAGGCUCUAUGAGUUGACUAUGUCAUCCAGUAGUCAAAGGCUCUAUGAGUUGACUAUGUCAUCCAGUAGUCAAAGACUCUAUGAGUUGACUAUGUCAUCCAGUAGUCAAAGGCUCUAUGAGUUGACUAUGUCAUCCAGUAGUCAAAGGCUCUAUGAGUUGACUAUGUCAUCCAGUAGUCAAAGGCUCUAUGAGUUGACUAUGUCAUCCAGUAGUCAAAGGCUCUAUGAGUUGACUAUGUCAUCCCUAGGUUAUAAUAUUAUAUUAAAUGGUUAA